AUGACUGAUGUUGAGGUUGCAGUAGAUUCUGAUUUAGAAAACCUUAGAAAUUGGUUGAUGGCCAAUAAACUUAGCUUGAAUGUAGCUAAAACUGAAUUCAUGUUGAUUGGCUCACAACGAAUGAUAAAGCAUUCUCACCCAAAUAUUUCUAUUGAAAACAAACAAAUUAAGCAAGUUUAUGAAUGCAAAACUCUUGGAAUAAUAGUUGACCAGCAUUUAUCAUGGAAAAGUAGUUCUAAAAAUAUUUGUAGGAAAAUAACAGCAGGAAUUUCUGCUCUCGGUCAUGUCAAAACUUUUGUUGAGAAAGAUACACUUACUUCAAUUCAUAAUGCAAUUAUUUGUCCACACUUCGAUUAUUGUUGUGAAGUGUGGGAUGUAUUUGGUGAAACACACUAA